GGGUAUGGUAGCGUGUCGCCGUGCGAUACAGCGUCCGCCAAUUCUGGUUUUGUUGACUUUGUGCAGCAGUGGCGACAGCGGAUCAACAAUGGCAUCGAAUCUCCUUCAUGCUCACAAACAUCCAGUUCAUCUUUACAUGACUUCGAUUUGCAGCAAGUGUUAAGUGCCCAUCCAACUGGCGAGUAUGUUCUGCGACUGGACAAACUAGAUGACGCUGGGAGGAAGAUCUUAAUUGAUGUCACUGUGUCGUGGUUUAUUAAAAGAAAAAUCAAAAUAUGCCGAAAUACAUUUCAAUCUAUUGCGCAAGAUAUUGCAAACAGGUUUAAAGAUGACAAGUCGAUUUACUACCACAAAGAUCCUAUUACCUUGAGACCAGCAGGCCGCUUGUACGAUAAAUAUUACAACACAUUGAAGAGAUUGAGGAAAUCCGGUGAAUUAGUGGACCCAGAAAGUUCAACUCCUGAGGCAUCACCCACAGAAGAAUAUACAUUUACUUUCGAGGAUGAAAAAUCUGCCUAUGACUGGCUCAAACUUUUUGAUUCGCCGUGGAGCACAGUUGAAGCAAAUUGGAAAAAAACCUUCAAAAUCAGUCGACAAGAAAAUUUGAACUCAAGUGGUAGCACAUCAGCGAAAACUUUACGGGCCUGGAAACUUUUUUCCCAUUCAUGUGGAUACAAUCUGAUUGAUAUUGACUUCAAUGCUCUACAUCAGAAUUGCUCACAGCUAACAGAGAAAUGGCAAGGUUUUAGAACAAACUUUCCAUGUAUUACAUUUAAAAUAUCCACAGGAUAGCAUUGAGUUUUGGACGUUUGUCCAAAGAUAUUUUUAUUCCAUUGAAUUGACUGAAGAUAAAACUUCUCCAAAUAUCCUUUGUUUGCUGAGGGACUUAAUUUAAUUUAUUAAGUAUAGAUACGUAGUCACAUAAAUCUUAACACCUUCAAUAUUCAAUAAUUAUUAUUAAAUAUUA